ACAGAUUAUUUUCUUUCAGAUGUCGGUUACCUUCUGGAAAUGCGAAGACUAUGAGCACAUGGACAGUUGUGAAUAUUAUUUAAAAGAUUACACAUCAAAUGACAUAUGUGAACUUAUGGGGAAGAAAAAUCAGAUUUGGACACCUUUUAUGGACAAUUUUAGUAUGCCUCCACGUUGCCCUAUUAACGUGGGAAACUAUACAUUCGCACCCACCCCCAUUAAUGAAAAGCUGUUAACCAUUCUGCCGUUACCAAACGCAUUUUGGAAAUUACAAUUCAAGGGAAACGAUACUAUAACUGGAGAGUACGUGUCAUGUGUUGAUGUCGAAUUCGAAAUUCACUCAAGGCGUAGAAAUUAGAUACCACCGCACAGCUAAGAAAUGUG